AUGCGUGGUGGUGGAAUUACUAGGCUUAAGGAGCAUCUCACACAGGUCAAGGGGAAUGUUUCGUCAUGUUUGAAAGCAACAGUUGAAGUUAUAAAUGAAAUUAAACUUACUGACAAUACAAAGAAGUUAAAGAAAGCUCAUAGGGAGAACAUUGAUGCUAUGUAUCGGCGUACACAUCUGAUGAGAAUUCUGAUGCUGAUACUGAUAAUGAGGUACAAGAAGUUGAAAAGGAUUCCAACGUGGGAAGUCACAGACCACCAAAAAACUCAGCAAGCCACUCUUGACAGAAACAGUUCAGCGAAAGAGAAGUUAAAGAAAGAUGCAUGGAAAAGCAUUUCAGCUUGGAUGACUGAGAAUUCUAUAUCUUUUAAUACUGUUCGUUGUCCAACUUUCCAAGAAAUGAUCUAUGCACUUGGUGAAUAUGGGAAAGCUAUGCCCGCGCCAUCUUACCAUCAGAUUCGUUCAAAUCUUUUCAAGGAACAGUUAGAAGAAACGAAGAAUUUUGUUGAUACAUUUAGGGUACAUUGGAAGAGGUAUGGAUGUUCUAUUAUGUCUGAUGGCUGGACAGGUGGGAAAAAGCGUCAUCUUAUUAACUUUUUGGUGAAUUGUCCGAAAGGGUCAGUUUUCUUGAAGUCCGUAGAUGCGUCAAACAGAACCAAUGAUGCUGAUUUCAUACGUGAGCUUUUAAAGGAGGUAAUUUAUGAUGUUGGGAAAGAAAAUGUAGUUCAGUUCAUUACCGAUAAUGGUUCAAACUUUAAAAAGGCUGGGAAGGAUUUAAUGCUUGAAUACCCAAAUCUAUUUUGGACUCCUUGUGUCAAGUUGAUGCUAUAA